CUUCAUUGCAGAGCCAUGCAUGGCCACCAAAAGCAUGCAGGAUAUUUAUCAGUCAUUUGCUCUUGACCUGGCCGUCGAAGAAAUACGUAUCGUCAAGGUUCGGCCAGGCUUCGGCAAUGAUAUCUUUUGCGAAUUGGAGAAGUUGGUUUUGCCGCAGCACACCACAGAUGAUAAAGGAGGGACGGGCAAGCCUGCAAAGGCAAACUACGUAGCGUUAUCCUACAUGUGGGACUACAUGACUCCCUCUCUCCUUCCUUCGAAACAUUGGUCGAGAAAAAACCAGGAGAAAGAAAUUUAUUGCAAUGGCGCGUCACUCACUGUCAAGUCAAAUCUCUACGCCGCCCUUCACCAACUCCGGCACAAGACUGAGCCGACAAUUCUUUGGACGGACGCGAUUUGCAUCAAUCAGAAAGAUGACGAUGAGAAGACUAGCCAAGUGAGGUUGAUGAGAAAGAUAUAUGCUCUGGCUGAGAAAACAGUCGUCUGGCUAGGACAAGAGACUUACGUGUCUGCUCAAGGCUUCAAAGCUAUUCGUUUCCUAGCCGAUAUAAUGCGCAGUAGUUACCUUGCUGGCAGUAAGAACCAGGAGGAAGCACCACGUCAAUCCCUUAGCCUCUUGCAGUCAUUCAUCAACCCGAAUAGAUAUCUAUGGCAUGUUGGAGCAUUUACUCUUCUCCUGCGGAACCCAUACUUCACACGAGUCUGGAUAGUUCAAGAAAUAGGACUCAGUCAGAAUCUUGAAUUUCGAGGCGGCGAGGAGUGUGUGUCGCUGAGCGACUUUGCACUGGCCGCUUCCGCUGCAGCGUUCAGUGCUAUUGGUAGCAAGAACUCACUAAACUUGACAAACAUCCUAGCAGUCAGGUUCCUCGUCCGUGGAGGUCCACGUGAAGGUCUGGGAGAUCCAUCAUGGUUGCAUGCAGAAGCGGCCGGUGAAAAGCUGACACUGGUGCGGGACAUUCUCUCCAUAAUAUCUCUGUUCCGCGGAAGCCAGUCAAAAAUGGAAGUGGACAAGAUCUUCGGUCUGCUAGGUCUCUGUCGCGAGAUGAACAAUGCUCAAACGUUUGGGAUCGAAGAAGACUAUAGUCUAUCAGUUCAAGAAGCGUAUACAAGAACGGCGAUCUCCAUUCUUGAAGGAAGGCGAGACCUUGAUAUUUUUGCAGCUCUUCGUUUGCAAUCAUACGAUGAAAACAUCUUCAACCUACCUUCCUGGGUACCUGACUGGAGCAACACCGAACAUCCCACCAUACCUCUCAACGCAGGAUCCGGUAGUCAUACAAUGGCCAAAUAUUCUGAGUUUGAGUACCGUGUCGAGAAGACCCCGGGCAAUCUUCACACGCAUAUUCUAUAUCUCUCGGGGCACCUGAUAGACAGAAUUACUGAGGUUGGCCACGCAUGCAACACAGAGAAGGCUCAAGCGAGUGCAUGGUUCUGUUUCAAAAAUAUCUUCAAUUUCGCCGGCUCGCACCUCCUGGAAACUUUCGUCAACUGGUGGACACAGUUCGACGGGAACGAGCCCGUCUCGCAAGAGUUCUUGGCUACUAUAACGUGCGGGCAAGACUUCAAGUACAACACAGACUCCAUUAUGGAACUGAUUAGACGCUUCCAGCAAAGGGGCUUCCACGAUCUUCCCAUUGUCCUGAAGCUGGGGUGGACCUUCAUUCCAAUACGAGCUUCCGAAUUGUAUUUCAAACCGACUUUGGAACGGUUGCACAUCAUCACUCUUCAAUGCCUAGCAAUUCCCGCUACACUGUUUCUGGCAUCGUAUGUCUGCUUCGCUAUAUGGCCGCGCUUGGUGAUGUUCAAGCUCAGCCCGCAGGAGGAUGACUUCUAUGAUAACGGUCUUGCACACAUUGAAGGAAGAUCCAUGGCGAGGACAGAGACCAGUAAACUUGCUCUCGUGCCUGACGGUGCAAGAAUAGGAGACCUCAUUGCUAUUUGUAAGGGCGGAAGGGUUCCCUUCGUCCUUCGCAACACUGCCACGGAGGGAAGAUUUCAGAUAGUUGGAGAGGGGUAUGUUCACAGCGUUAUGGAUGUCAAGGAAGGUUAUGAUGAGGAUCGAUGUAUGAAGCUGGCUAUAGUUUGAUUUCGCAACUGUUCGGGUCUUGCUUCCAAUUGUCCACGCUCUCUGGUACACUCGGCUUCUGCUCUAGCGAUGGCAUCUCGGUAGCGCUGAGCUGCCAGUCGGUUCAAUUAGGGUGAACCCUUUCUAAAGAUUCCUGAUUAAGAUUUGGUUCUUUCAGUGGUGCAUGAACAUUCAGAAGCUACGGAAUGGCGGUUGCAGAUGUAGUGAACGUAAAUGUGGCCCCUUAUUCCGAAUUCAAUAAGCGAGAACCCGGGAUAAUUUUUGUCGCUUAACGAGAGGUAAAGUCCUCAG